AUGACACAAGAAGCCGUCGACCUCAAGAACCAGGGCAACAAGGCCUUUGCCUCUGGAGACUGGCCUACCGCCAUUAGCCUUUACAGCCAGGCUAUUGAGAAGCAUGACACAGAGCCUGCAUUCUAUACCAACCGUGCCCAAGCCCAUAUCAAGACGGAAGCCUUUGGGUAUGCCAUUGCCGACUGCGGAAAGGCUAUCGAGUUGAACCCGAAACUUGUCAAGGCCUAUUACCGUCGUGGUCUGGCCCGCAGUGCCAUCCUGCGCCCUAAGGAGGCACUGGAAGAUUUCAAGGAAUGCGCAAAGCUCGACCCUAACAACAAAGAUGUCAAGCUCAAGCUGGAGGAGUGCAAGAAGAUGGUGCGCAAGCUCGCCUUCUUUGCUGCUAUUGAAGUUGGCGAUGAGCCGUCGGCACUUGAGGGCCUCGAUCUUGACUCCAUGAUCGUCGAAGACGAGUAUGACGGUGUCCGAAUUGACCAGGAAAUGACACAAGAGUUCAUUGACGACAUGACGGAGCGAUUCAAGAAUGGCAAGAAGAUUCACCGUAAAUACGCCUACCAGAUUGUUGCCGCUGUUAAGAAGAUCGUAUACGAGGAGCCUACCAUGGUAGAGAUGGAGAUUCCCAGCGAUGUUGAGCUUACCGUGUGUGGCGAUACUCAUGGACAAUACUUUGAUCUUAUGGAGCUGUUCCGUAUAAACGGAACACCUAAUGACAAGCAUUGGUACCUGUUUAACGGAGACUUUGUUGACCGUGGCUCCUGGUCCACCGAGAUUGCUCUUCUACUCUACGCUUACAAGUGGCUGCGACCCAACGGCUUUUUCCUAAACCGUGGUAACCACGAGACUGAUGACAUGAACAAGGCUUAUGGCUUUGAGGGCGAAUGCAAGGCCAAGUACAACGAAAGAACCUUCAAGCUCUUCUCGGAAAGUUUCUCUGCCUUGCCUCUCGCUACCCUCGUUGGCAAGAAGUACCUCGUCCUCCAUGGUGGUCUCUUCUCCGACGAUAACGUAACGCUCGACGAUAUCCGCAAGCUCAACCGCCACAACCAAAAGCAGCCUGGCCAGGCCGGCCUAAUGAUGGAAAUGCUCUGGACCGAUCCUCAGGACGAACAGGGCCGUGGCCCCAGCAAGCGUGGCGUAGGAAUGCAGUUUGGACCCGAUAUCACCAAGCGCUUCUGUGAGAAGAAUGGCCUUGAGGCCAUUAUCCGAUCGCACGAGGUCCGCAUGGAUGGUUACGAAGUCCAGCACGACGGCAGAUGCAUUACCGUCUUCUCAGCUCCCAGAUACUGCGACUCCACGGAGAACAGAGGCGCCUUCAUCAACAUCGGACCAGACUACAAGCUCAAGUUCCAGCAGUUUGAUGCCGUUCCCCAUCCCGACAUCCGCCCAAUGGCCUAUGCCCAAAGCUCGCUUAUGUCGUCUCUCAUGUAG